AUGUCAAACAGUGGACCGUUCUCUACAGCUGUCGAAGCAAAAAGACUGGUCGAAAAUUUGCUAUCAGAUUUGCGGACGCUUUCGACAGAGGCCAGGAAAAAACAUUCACAAGUUAAGGAGGCUGCUGAAUCAGGUCUCGUGAAGAUAAAGAAUAUCAGUGCAGCAUCCAAUGAGCAAAAUCUGCUGACAAACAUACGCUUUGCUAGUGCCGAACUGUUACAACCGCUUAUUUUAGGUUGUUCAAGUAAAAAUGCUCGUCUUGUUCAGGUGUCGUUACAAGCCAUUCAAAAGAUGGUACAACAUCGAGUUAUUGAAUCCGCUUCUGCUCAUAUUAUUGUCAAUGAACUUUGGCAUUUAAUGGAAGCGGAAUGCGAAGAAUUACGAAUUUUGCAAACAUUAACACCCCUUGUCAGCACGGAAUUACUGGUCACCGGACAGUGGCUUGCAAAGUGCUUAGUAAUGUGCUUCCGUUUAAAUUUUGCAAAAGAUCCAAUUGUAAUAAACACAGCAUCAGCAACUGUACGACAAAUGGUAAACUGCGUUUACGAACGGGUUAUCCAGGAGGAUGGUUUGAAAGGUUGCGAAAUGCCAAAUGUUUAUCAAGCUGUACGAGUACAUGCGAAAGCUUCACCACCGACAUUAAGGCCAUGCGCUUCGGAUGGUUACAUGUUGUUUCACGACCUCUGUUUGCUUAUCAACUCUGAGGCUCCAAUUUGGUUGGUUGGUAUUCAGGAAAUGACGCGUACACUAGGUUUAGAAUUGUUAGAAUCAGUGCUUUCUUCCUAUCCAUCUGUAUUUGUCAAGCAUCCCGAAUUUGCUCAGUUAUUGAAAGACCAGGUGUGUCCUUUAAUCAUCAAACUGUUCGCACCGAAUCAUAAACAGAUACAGAUCACAUCACAACAUCCGUGUUCACCAAGUGCACACUCAUCGGUAGAUUCUAUUUCAUCACAAAUGCCUUGUUCACCCGAGCGUGUAUAUUUUCCAAUUUCGAUGCGACUUUUACGUGUUGUUGUGAUUUUGAUUACACUUUAUUACAACUUAUUGGCGACAGAAUGUGAAAUUUUCUUGGCGUUGCUUGUAAAGUUUCUGGAAUCCGAUAAGCUAGGAUGGCAGCGUGCUAUUGCUCUCGAAGUUUUGUACAGAAUUGUUGUUUUGCCUGAACUUUUGAUUUGGUUCUGUGAAAAUUACGACGCAAGGCCAGGCGCCACGAAAGCGAUUAAUUCGAUCGUAUCUGGUUUGGCAGCGUACGUACAACUGUUAUUUUUGCGUCCCAAUGUGUCAGAAAGCAUUGCUAAGGAUGAGGAACAAUUCGAGACAAACAUUCAGUCAGGCUCUCAUCCAGGCUUUCAGUAUCGUGGUGUGUGGGUUCCGCUUUGUCAAAAUAUUACUCCCAAGAAGUCCCUAUUGUUAGAUUCCCUGGAAAAACAUGAAGCACUGAAUUUACCUAAUGGCUAUUCAUUAUCUUUAACUUAUUAUUGUAUCAGUAGCUGCUGCCAAUCAGUUUUCGAAGCUAUUGAAUUUCUGCAUUCACGGAAAGAAAAAGAAGAUGUAGCACGAGAGCUGUAUCAAUCAACUUAUACAAGCCUUUUUGUUGCAAUUUCACUUUUCCUUGAUGCAAGUAUCGACGAAUCAAUAACAGAGCAACUCUUGAAAUGCUUCGUCACGAUGACGCUUUUAUCCUGUCGUCUAGGUCAUACAGCUGGCCGUGAUGCCGCGUAUUUUGCUCUAUGUAAAGCUGCGUUACCACCAAAAUAUUUAGUGCGAAUAGCAAGUGCUUCCGGUGGCUUAAUUCCCAUACCAGGAUCUUUAAUUUCAGCUAAUUCUCACUUUGACAAAGAUAUUUUGUCUGGUUCCAAAGUGGAAAAGGUUGAAAAUGAUUCAUUGUCAAAUCAGCCGUGUCAAAUCAUAGCUGUUAAUACUAUUUGUCCAACUCCUUCACUUCCUUUAAACUUUUACAGUGGAACUGUCAUGUUAACUGCCAAAAAUGUGCAAGUGGCACGUAUACUGAUAAGCUCCGCUGAAGCUAACGGUCAAGAUUUGGGUGAUUGCUGGCAUCUUGUACUAGCUUCAAUGCAACAUUUAGUCUGGAUUUUGGGAAUGACCCCAAGUAUGCAAGGCGGGUUUCGAUCUGAUGGCGAAGCCGUUGAUGGAACCUCACUAGUAACCAGUUCGCACUCCAAUACUAACGUUUUGACAACAGCUGCGAUGGCUGAUGUUCCCGUCGUAGCAGCUAUGUUAAAUAAAUUGUUUGAUUCAACGGCGAGGCUUGACGAUGUUGCAUUACAUCAUGUGAUCGCCGCAUUAUGUAAACUUUCUUCCGAAGCAAUGACCGUUUCACAGAAUGGUUCUCGUGAGCCUUCUUUUUUUCCUGUCGCAAAGCUGCAACAGACAGGGAUGGCAAACCUUGCACGCCUAGAAGUAUUUUGGAGGCCUGUAACGGCUCAUCUUAUUGAGGUAUCAGGACAUCCUUAUGUAAAGUUGCGAGAGUGGGGUGCACAGGCGUUAACAGUAUUGGUGAAAAGUGCUUUAAAAGUCAAGACUGCAAUUGCUGAAUCGAAGCGUCAGCAGUUGAUACUGUCGCCUUUAUCGUUAAUGUCCGAAAAUGAAUAUAUAGAUGUACGCCGAAAGCAAAUCGAAUGCCUUCUAAAUGUGUUGCAGUCAGCCGGACAGCAGUUAACCUCCGAUCAGUGGCCAACCGUAAUUGAAAUUGUUCAUGUUGUUGUGGCUGGGAAAUUAAGUUACGAUGAAGUACUGGUAAAACAAAGUUAUGAGGCGGUGGCUUUGAUGAUUACAGAUUUUCUCGAAAUAUUACCUUUUCAUUGUAUACAGCUGCUUGUUGAAACUGAUGCAAAAUAUGGUUCCCAACAGUGUGAAUUAAAUAUAUCUCUUUCAGCUUUGGGGCAGUUGUGGACAAUUUCUGAUUUUGUAUACCGGAAAAAUCCAAAACUUUCGCAGAAAGAAAGUGAAACAAUUUGGCUUGUGCUAUACAAUUGCUUAUCCGAGUUGUGCGUUGAUGUUAGACCACCAGUUCGUAAAAGUGCUUGUCAGACGUUGUUGCAAACAAUUGCUGCUCAUGGUUUAGCGCUGAAAUCAGCUACAUGGAAGCAUAUGAUCUGGAAGAUACUUUUCCCAAUGUUGGACAAAGUACGAGCUCUAACACUUAACGCUUCAACAACGCGAACGGAUAGUUCACCUUUGGGUGCUUCAAACAUACUUAUACAUCAUUCGAGAGAUACCGAAUCAAAACAAUGGGCCGAAACGUCAGUUCAAACCCUCAGUGGUGUUGUUAAAAUUUUCAAUGCCCAACGAACACUUUUGCUUGCACUUGAUGACUUUCCGACAAUCUGGGCUACUCUUCUCCAUUAUAUCGAGUACUUGGCCGCAUCUGAUAAUAGUGAAAUGACGUUGGCUGCACUUAAAAGCUUCCAGGAAUUGUUGUUGGGUAGAAUAGCGUCACAAGGCUAUGAAAUGGGUAAGAGAGAAAGGUUUGCCAACUGUGCCUAUGGAAAUUGUGUUGUUGGUGAUGAACCGCCUGUUUUGCCGGAGCACCUAUGGAUUACCUCUUGGAAGAGCUGGUUGGUUAUGUCACGUACGUUAGUUUUGACCAAACCUUUCAAAAUUGAUUUAUCGUCGAAAACUACGAUGCCUUUAUCCGAGAGGAGUGGAGGGAACUUUAUUCCUGGACAGAUGCAUCUCAUCACUUUGCUUCACAUAUUCAUUCCUUUAUUUGAAAGAGUUCGAAAGAAAAUUCCGUGUGAUGAUUUGAAAUAUGAUGAAGUGCCGAUUAUUUUAAAGGGUAUUGUCAGUGUGCCACUAACUGCAGAACAAGUCCCAUUUAUAUUGUCGAAUGCAAGUGACAUUAAUCCAACUCUAGAAGCUGUUCUCAAUUGUGUUCGAAUUAUAUAUCAGGACAUGUUAGAGACAGGUUCAUCGCUACGCCCAGCUUUGCCUGAUCUCAUCCAUUUGAUGCUUGAUUUCACAACUUUUGCUAUCCAUCCACCGGUCAUCGGAUAUGAGCCAAACAAAGCUGAAAAUAAAGGAGUACAAAAUAUAGUAUUUUUUGCGGAAUUAUCAUUACGAACAAUGGUGGAAUUCUAUGCAGGUACCGCGCAUUUCCAGGAAAUUAUUCAGUCUACUGUAUUUGUUGAUAUUGUUAAGUGCUUAGCGCAACCGAUGGAAUUGAAAUACCAGUGUCCCUCUCAAAGUACAUGGAAAGCGGCAGCAUCAGCAUUUGUCACCGUUUUACGAUUAGGCCUUCCUAUUGCCAGGCAGCAGUCUCGUUAUUUUCACGCCAUUUGGCCGGUGAUCGCUGAUACAUUGGAUCGUUUUCUGUUCAAUAACAGUCGUCCUUCAUGUCCGUUAAAUGCUGAUGAGCGGAAAAGACAUGAAUUUAUCGAUUGCCAGUUGAUAGAACUGAUCAGAUCUGAGAUAUUGCCCUACGCAAGUGUAUUGCCAGCGGAUUUUAUCCAGAAAAUAAUCGAUAUACUUAAUCGUGGUUCUAUAAGCACUGUGGAUUCAUCUGAUGUCUUCGCUUUAGACACAUACGCACAACGAGCGGAGUUAUCCAAAGUAUGCUUUGAAGCGCUGUUAUCAAUGAGUCAGAAUGAAGAACAACCAGAUAUUGUGCGAAGUACGGCACCAGCACAUUUUCUUGGUGCGGUUGCUGACGAUAUCAAGGGAGCAAGUGAAAGUGAAAAAAGAAGACAGUGUAUUGCAUCAUCAAGUUUAGGUACUUCCGCUAUCUCGUCAUUGCUGGCCAGGUGCAAAGAAGUAAUGUUAUCGUUCGUACGUGAUCAGCUAAACGCUGGACAAUUGCGCCUUUCUCAAGAAAGAACUGUUGAAAUGACGUCUGUGUUGCAUGCCGUGAAUACACUUAUCGAAGGGCUUGUACGUCAUGCUGACAAUUUCAAUUUAGAAUUCUAUACGGAACUCGUUAAUCUCUAUCCAACUCUUGUAGACUGUGUUUCAAGUGCGAAAGCUGAUCCUCAGGUCGAACAAGCAUUGAUUACUGCUCUUAAAUCUUAUCAAGUGUUGUUGCUGCUGAAUGUUCAUAAGUUCGAUAAAGAAAGGCAUUAA